GUGGCGCAGUUUGUUCACAUAUUCGCCAUAUUGGAUAGAUUUUUAAAACCAUUUAACAAAUAAGUAAAGGUAAGCAGCCAAACUUUCCCCAGGCGAUAUCUUUUAGCACAAUCUUCAGUCUUAUUACUCUUGUUUGAAUUAAUAAGAUAGUUAUUCCGUGAGGCACUUUGGGCUGCAUGUUUAUAUCUAUGAUACAUUCGAGUGACAGGAAGCAACAGGUGAGAUGCCUCAGUGAUGGAGAAUAGCCCCACUAGUUGCCAUGGUGCCCAGCAGCAAUCCAUCUCAAUUCUUGUGCUUGUGUGAACUGAAUGAAAGUACAAAAAAAACAAGUACUCCGAUGCCAGGGCUUUGGUGUCCAGGUGGUGCAGCACAUUUGGGACCAUCAUACAUCGCCCCACGGAGAUGAAAGAAAGUCAGCCAACAAGACUGAGGGUGCAUUGAUUCUCAACUGGAGCAGAUUCUCAAAAGGAACUUCAAAACUGUCUCAAAGUGUCGGCAGCAGAGCCGCUGGUCCGCGGGCUGAGGAAACUCCCAGAAGACAUCGACUGGUCGUACUCAGGUGCCCUUAACCAGCGCAACUGGGGAAAGAAGUACCCGUCCUGCAACAGCGCUAGACAGUCUCCUGUGGACAUCGAUGAGACGUUCACCCAAGUCAGGAUGCAGUACCAGAACCUGCUGCUGGAAGGCUGGGAGAAACUCACAGCAGAGUCCAGCACCAUUCACAACAACGGGAAGACUGUGGCCAUCAAUGUUGAAGGGGACUUCUUUGUGAGCGGAGGAGGACUGAGCUCCAGGUUCCGCGUCGGAAGAAUCACCUUCCACUGGGGGCGCUGCAAUGCAACGUCAGAUGGCUCUGAACACAGCCUGAACGGGAUGAAGUUUCCUCUGGAGAUGCAGAUUUACAGUUAUGACCCCAAUGAUUUUCAAAGUCUGGAUGUUGCGAUGAAGGAAGGAGGGAGGAUUGCUGCCCUGGCUGUGCUCUUUGAGAUCAGCCAGGAGGACAAUGAGAAUUACACUCCUGUAAUAGAGGCCCUGGACACUGUCAGCAGGUUUGGUAAGAGCGGAUCAAUGGAAGGUUUCACCCUGAGGUCCUUACUGCCUAAUAUCACAGAUAAAUACUACAUCUACAACGGCUCACUCACUGAACCCCCCUGCUCUGAAACUGUGCAGUGGAUCGUCUUUAAGAACACCGUGUCCAUCUCAGAAACACAGCUGGAAGCGUUUUGUGAGGUGAUGACGAUGGAGCAGGCUGGAUAUGUGAUGCUGACAGACUACCUGCAGAACAACUUCAGGGAGCAGCAGCAGCAGUUCAUGGGACAGGUGUUUGCCUCGUACACUGGCGUGGAGGAAGUGCAGACACCCACAUGCAGCUCAGAGCCAGAGAACGUCCAGGCCGAUGCCCAGAACGACACCACCAUCGUGGUGACAUGGGAGCGUCCCCGCGUGGUUUACGACACAACCAUCGACUGGUACACAGUCACCUACCAGAGACUGCAGGGCCAAGACCAGAACAAGCAGGAGUACAGGACCGACGGGGACCAGGACGUGGGCGCCAUCAUCCCCAGCCUGCAGGCCAACAGCAGCUAUGUGGUUCAGGUCGUUGCCAUUUGCACCAAUGGACUCAAAGGACGAUGGAGCGAUCAGAUCAUAGUGGACAUGCCGUUAGACGACCCUGAAAGUGACUCCGAUCCAGACGCUGCCGCUAAAGAUUUCGGGGCGAACAAGGAGGUGUCACCCAGAGGCAGAUGGGAGAAGCCAGAGAGUGAGAAUCGGUUGAAUUUCUCUCCAGAGGAUAACAGCCCCGUGGAGGAGAUCCCUGUGGAGCAGACCAAAGUUUACCAGAACCAGCCUGUUGACAAAACCCAAUCCAACCCGAACCUCCCGGUCAACUCUCGUUCAACCCCGAAGUCACCGUCUGAGUCCGCCGUUCUUCAGAAAACUCGACCCAAACAGAAUGUGAAAACGAAACCGAGCCUGAAGAAGUCUAAACCUGAGGAAGUGGAUCAGAACUGGAUUUAUGAGGACCAGAUGAUCACGACACUGCGGCCGUUCACUAAUUCUGGUUUUGAUGGUAACAGUGCAAUAUGGGUCACUGAGGUCACUGAGCAACCGGGCUUCUUGUUUCCUGUUGCUCAGACAGCCACAGUGCCGGCCAUCAGACGACAAAUCACAGAGGAGGCCUCGCUGUCAGAAUCACAGAAUCCGUCAACAGAUCAGGAUCUACCAGAACAGAUCGAUGUCAGCAGCCUCCCUUCUCCCCAGUCGGACCUUUUCACCCCUCCUGUGGAGGACAUCCAGGUCACAGAUGUCUUCUAUGAAGACAUAGACACCAACGCUUCGGCAGAAAACUCCUCCUCUACUGGUAACAGUAUGGGCCAAGUGACCCCUCCAUCCUUUGACGACGAUGAGCCUGUGAACAAACCUCAACCAGAAACCUUCACCUCCACCUCUUCUAUCUGGAUAACGGAGAAGGUGGCGACCGCCAGCAACACGCUGGCAGAAUCAGUCUACAAAUCAUUCACCACCUCGUCUCUGCUCAAGGUGCUGAUGCACACGACCCAGCCCAUGUUUAACGCAGGAAGCAACAGCAGCCACGAGUCUCGGAUCGGGCUGGUCGGAGGUGUGGAGAGAGAGAAGAGGACAGUCAUACCUCUGGCUGUCGUCUCCACUCUCACCAUCCUCUGUCUGAUGGUGCUGGUGGGAAUACUCAUCUACUGGAGAAAUUGUUUCCAGACUGCUAAUUUCUACCCUGAUGACACGGCGUCACCUAAAGUCAUAUCUGCUCCCUCUACACCCCUGCUGCUGGCCACUGAUGGUCAUGAGCCGCUGACAGUGAAACAGUUUGUGAAACAUGUCAUGGAGCUGCACACCACCAACACCUUCUCCAAAGAGUUUGAGAUUGUCAAAGAAUCCUAUGAGGAGGUGCAGGCAUGCACAGUGGACAUGGGCAUCACUACCGACAGCUCCAAUCACCCUGACAAUAAAAGCAAGAACAGAUACAUCAACAUCCUGGCCUAUGAUCACAGUCGAGUCAAGCUCUGCAACAGCUUGGACAGAGAUGGGAAAUGUGGGGAUUACAUCAAUGCUAACUUUGUAGAUGGUUACGAGCGAACGAGGGCGUACAUCGCAGCUCAGGGGCCUCUCAGAGCAGGCAGGGAGGACUUCUGGAGGAUGAUCUGGCAGCAGAAUGUGGGAGUCAUUGUCAUGAUCACAAACCUGAAGGAGAAAGGACGGACAAAAUGUGAUCAGUACUGGCCGGACGAGAACCAGGAGGACUACGGUCAAUACCAGGUGGCCUUGAAAACCAGCAAGACUCUGGCUUACUACACACUGCGGACAUUCACUGUGAGAGAUACCACAAAUAAGGCGUCUCAGAGAAGAGCUGAACACACCGUCCUCCAUUACCACUACACCCAGUGGCCAGACAUGGGUGUCCCAGAAUACACUCUGCCUGUCCUGUCCUUCAUCAGAGCAUCCUCCAGGGCGAGGACACAGGAGGUCGGACCUGUUCUGGUACACUGCAGUGCGGGUGUGGGGAGAACAGGAACCUACAUCGUCAUAGAUGGCAUGUUGCAGCAGAUCCAGGAUCAGGGUACAGUGAACGUUCUGGGUUUCCUCAAACAUGUACGAACACAGAGGAACUUCCUGGUUCAGACGGAGGAGCAAUAUGUAUUCAUCCAUGAUGCUCUGGUGGAGGCCAUCCUGAGCCGUGACACCUUAGUGACCUCUGACCUCCUCCACACUUAUGUGUCAGACCUCCUGACCCCUGGGGCGUCAGGCAGGACCCGCAUGGACAGACAGUUUAAAUUGAUCAGUCAGCGUCAGGCGAAGCACGCAGACUACAGCACGGCUCUGAGAGAUGGCAAUGCUGAGAGGAACAGGGCCAGAGCUCUGAUGCCAGUGGAGCGAUCAAGAGUCGGUCUGACUGCUGCAGAAUCAAACACCACCGGGUUCAUCAACGCCUCAUACGUUAUGGGACAUCACCACUGUAAGGAGUUCAUAGUGAGCCAGACUCCUCUGGGCAGCACCGUGGCAGAUUUCUGGAGGAUGAUCUGGGAACACAGCACACACACUGUUGUCCGCCUGCCAGACACACACUAUCAGAGCACAGAGGCAGAUUGUUGUGUUUACUGGCCCAGAAGAGACCAGCCAAUGAGCUUUGAGGGUUUCACUGUGUCACACUGGGGAGAGGAGCACGUGUGUCUGUCCAAUGACGAGAGACUUUUGGUGCAGAACUUCAGAGUAGAGUCUACACAGAAUGAAUAUGUUUUGGAGGUGCGACAGUACAGCACCAACUGCUGGCCCAACCCUGACAGCCCCAUCAGGAACAGUUUUGAUCUGGUGAACACGGUCAAAGAGCACAGCAGACACUCAGACAGACCCACUAUCGUACAUGAUCCGUUGGGAGGUGCUACAUCAGGGCUGUUCUGUGCCCUCACCACCCUGUCCAGUCAGCUGGAGGAGGAGGGAGCAGUAGAUGUGUACCAGGUGGCACGGAUGACCAACCUGAUGAGGCCUGGGGUUUUCAAUGAUGUAGAGCAGUACCAGUAUCUGUACCGAGCAGUGCUGAGUCUGGUGAGCAGCCAGGAGGACCAGAGAGCCCUGCAGAAUCCAGAGACCAACGGAUCUGUGCCACUGGGACAGACUAACAUCGCAGAGAGCCUGGAGUCACUCAUGUAGACAUACAAACAUGUUACAUACACAGGAAAUGCUUCAUGCCAGCACACACACACACACACACACACAUACUAACCAGUAAUGACCUGCUGCUAAGAUGACAAGUGAUAAUAUGCUGUCAGGUUGUGAAAACUCACUUUGACUCGUGAGUUAAUUAUGUUUGGACAUAGGGCUGCUGUCUGCAAGGACCAAGACCCACUUAGAGAAAAUGAUUAUUACAGGUCUAUUGAUGAUAUAAUAAGCUCUAUAACUGACGGCCUGUUCAGUCAGACUGUCCGUGCUGAGUGCAGGUCAGACACUUUACAAUGCUACUUUGUUUUCCUAUUUUACUUGUUGACUUAAAAAUUUGAAUUUGAAGUUUUUUUAAUCUUUUCUGCUUCAUCCUGCAAAAAAAACUUACAGAGGGGAGCUCUGACAGUCACUAUUAGACAGAGCAUAUUACGUUAUCACAAAAUGUUAAUAGCUGAGUUAAAUCAAAACAGGAAGAGCAAUGCUAGCUCAUUUUUUAAAUAAAAAAAACAGAACUUAAUGCAUUUUUAUUUGUUUAUUUGGUUCUCAACAGUUUUAAGGCAGCUUUAAACGGACAGAACUCAAAACGUAAUGGUGUAUUAGAAAUAAAUAAACCCCUCUGAACAUUUAUUAAUGCAUUACAGCAGCUGUUUACAGGAAGGAAGGAUGCAGACUCGCUCAUUGGGCUUUUGGCAGCCUCAUCUAUAAAGCAUAAAUGAGCUAGUACUAUUAUUACAACACCCAACACAACCAUUAUUAAAGACAGUUAAUAAACUACACAUAACAGUGACACACAUCCAAUAUAAGGAAGUGGAACCAAGUUAAAGUUCACUGUCAUUCCAACAUCAACCAACAGAACUCUCCAGCUGUGUGUGUAAGUGUGUGUGUGUGUGUGUGUGUGUGUGUGUGUGUGUGUGUGUGUGUGUGUGUGUGUGCUCAGCAUGGAGCCUAAAGCAGCAGAGCCACAACACUGUCUGACAGACUGCAAAAAAAGAAACUGUAGAGGGCUUCAUUUCAUUAAGAAUUAAUCUUACACCAGUCAAAAACUAUAUAUUCAUCAGAAUCAUUUAAAACUGAUUUUCUGUCAGUAUUUUAUUGAAAAAUAUUUUCUUAAUUAUGGGAGAAGUCAACUGUUAAUAUGCGAUAUGAAACCUGCAUUAAAGCUACUGUGAGGGACUUUAGGUUUAUUAGGGCAGAGAUACACAUCUUAUCACUUCACUGAUCUUGUCCUGAACAUGUCAAGACUUUAUUUUCAGACAAACUCUCCUCCAGCUGUCUUUGAGCAGUCAAAGGUGUCUCUCAUUGUGAAGAUUUACGAUUGAAUAUGUGAAGAGAGGCUGUUUCUACAGCCGGCUGUCAAUCAUCUGGUCUGACACUUACCCCCUCGCAGCAGUUUCAGGCAGGAACAAUGUGUCUGUCAUAAAGAGGCACCACAACCACUUUCAGUUUGAUCCACAACCAGUUCUAAACUCCUCAUAGAGGCUUUACAUUAUCUUUCAAUUUAAUUUAUCUCUUUCUAUGAACCUUCUUUUAUUUUAUCCUGUAGCAUUUUGGGGUUUUUUUUGGGUCCCUUUUUUAUGUUGUACUUAUUUCUACAGACAAAUAAUUAAUCCAAUAAAAAUUAUUGAAAUGGCCUUGAUGUUAAGACAGGAAUUGAUGCAGGCAACAACUUUCUCCCAUAAGAAAAUCAGAAUUAGAAACCUAAACUCUUACAUCUCCUUCCAUGGAGUUUCAUAUACCAAAAUAACCAACAUCUCUCUCAAAGCCUCACAAGACAUCAUAACACUACAACAUUUUUAACUACUUUUAAAAUUCUCCAUUCACGUUUUGUCUCCACUGGCUCCAUGGUCUCCGGUUACCCUGUGCCUUUUGUAAUUCAUGUUCUUGUACUUAAACCUGUUUUGAUACUACUGUACAACUGUGUAACUAAUAUGCCAAAAUAUUGAUCUAUGACUCUUUUUAUAUUUUCUUAUAGUCUUGUUGCUUUUGUUACCUUUGUGUGUGAAUGCCGGCGAGAAGAGGGGAACUGUCAUCAGGCCCAAAAAUGUGGGAUUCAGUGAUUUUACACAUUUUCUAAAUAUUAAGUUUGAAAUGCAGCAGUCUUUGUAAACCUUGAAGGUUGCUGUAAAUUCCAACGAUUACCAGAAUUCAUUGGAUAAAAAACUGAUAGAUAAAUCACUAAGUAUUAUCAGCUGUAUCAUAACUUGGCUGAGGAAGUCGUCAUAGUGUUCCAAACUUAUUUUCAGACCAAUCACUGGACAGAACGAGAAAGAGCUGAAUUUUUUAUUAGCUGAGAUUUUGACUGAGAAGCAAUUUUGUAUCCCUGCUCGUCUUCUGCAUCCUGUGUUACUUGCUAUGACUGUUUUUGUUUUGAAAGGGUCCAAAUGUUUCUGUUGCGUUAAACACAAACAAUCAACCUCUGAAUCACUGUCAAACAAUCUUGCCGCUUCUAUCUGUGCCUGUUUUUGCGACACUCUGUAGCAUUUCUUUGCUCCUCUGGGGAUGCAAAAUGGCGCAAAUUGUAGAGGCUGCUGCGACUUAACCAGACUGUGAUUCAUCCAGAUCUUACUGUAACAUGUAUGAAGUCAUAUUGUGUAAAUAUCCCUGAAGACACUAUAAGGCCAAAUUACUGUAUGUUUAUAUUGUACUUCUAUAUAUUUUCUAUUUUACUAUAAAAAGUGAUUUUCUAGUCAUUUACACAACAACAUCUACAACUGUGCCGAUUCCAUUUGAUAAUAUUAGCCUGAAAAUAUUGAUCAUGUUUAAAGUUUAAUGGAAUGUUAUCUCUUUUUAUCUUUAUGAUUACAGUAGCAGCUUAAUGUCUCUACCUUCAUCUCCAGUCGUGAGCUGGUGCAGUAUGUAAAUAGUUCCACUUUGUAAAUGAUUAAAACUUGUUCUUUUACUGGGAGGAAAUAAAAAGUUACUGUCCUGAA